AUGCCAUUAACUGAGGCUACGCGGUUCAUGCCUGCGUAUGAAUUAGGUCGAGUCGCUAUUCUACAUUCCGUGCCUAGGAUCAAACCUACAUCUGCCUUGGAAACAGCAUUGGCGAACCACAAGUGCACUUCUGGAUGUCCUAAGCUAUUCUAUGUCUUCAAAAUUGUCGUUCAGAAACCUCGGGUCAGAAAGACUAAGAUGGUACAACCCAAUCCUGCGGGCCUUCCGUCAUAUCAAGUCGUCUUGGACAAACGUUAUACUGAAGCUCAUUCACAGAUUCCUUUCCCACCGAAGCCAAUAAGCUUCAAGGAGAAAAUCAAAAUCAUUCACGACUUCUGCAUGGACCUCCAUCCUUCGAAAAUCGAAGAGGCUGGGUGUUGCGUUUGUGGCCAGCUUACGCUCAAGUCUGAACUAACUCCCUUGCACCAGGAUCUGGACUUGAGUCUCUUGGUAAACCCUGGAGUUUGUAGGAAGGCAAGAUCUACUGCGGAUGAACCUAUCUGCUUUCCAGAAAUUCCUGUUCUCGACGAUACUUGCUCGGAUAUAUGUCGCGCUUGCCAUGAAUCGUUGAAGUCCGGUAAACGUCCUAAGUAUGCUUUGGCAAACUAUAUGUGGUUGGGUAAUGUCCCUCCUGAGCUUUCCGAGUUGUCGUUUGCUGAAAAGAUUCUUAUUGCUCGAGUACGGCAUAACCGAUGCCUGGUAAAGGUCGCAUCAGGCAGGGCUCGAAUGAUGGCUAAUGCGAUCAUGUUUGCCAGUCCGGUGGUGAAGGUAUACCAUGCCCUACCGCCGCCAAGAACUGAACUGGAGGAAAUUCUCGCCUUCAUUUUCAUUGGUAGUCAAUUCCCCACCGAGGAAGAUUUCAAAAGGACUCCUAUGCUGGACUACUCUGACCUAUUUAUAUCGAAGGAAAAUCUCGAUAUGUAUCCUCUUUCAGGUGUUCCCGUUACCGUGGACUUUCGACGAUCCGAACCUGGUGUUGAUCCCACAGACAAGGAGCCUCUGGAACAGAGUAAACACGAAGACGAUGUCACUCAGGGAUCGGAAGAAGGACCAUGUCCCUUUGUGCUGAAAGCGGUUGCGUUGAACCAUCUGGACGCGAAGGGUAAGACUCUCGGCGUUGGGCACGACCCCGCACCUCAAUCGAUGUACGACAAUGUUCAGGCAUACCCUCAAAUGUUUCCAUGGUUAUUCCCUUAUGGUUUGGGAGGUAUCGGACAUCGUAAGCAUUCGAAGAUCUUGUCGGAGCGCGAGCACAAGCGUCGCCUCUUGCUGUAUCAUGACAAACGAUUCCAACUGGAUCUCUAUUUCCCAAUGAUCGCGUUCAAUCACGAACAGCUCAAAUCCAAUAUAACCGCGAGUUUCUUUCUGAGCAACGGAAUGGUGGCUUCGAUGGCUGAACUUCUUGAGCACGGUGAUGUUCCGAAACUCGAUACCCCCGAAGAGCGUGACUGUUAUUCCUUGCUCGACGACAUCGAUCAUGAAGUUUAUGCGUAA